AUGAGAAUGAAGCUACUGAUUUUGUUUACAUGCUUACUUUCUGGGUUUAUCUCCUCUAGAUCUGAGACACUGUUUUCUUUUUCACAAAACGAUGUCGUCUCACCUAAUCCAUUGCAACUUCUUAUGGUUAACCUCACUCUCAUUCAAGGAGCUGAUUCCAAAGGAGCUGUCUGUUUGGAUGGAACAUUGCCGGGUUACCAUUUGGAUCGUGGAUUUGACUCUGGUGCAAAUAGUUGGCUUAUUCAUCUCGAGGGAGGAGGAUGGUGUAACACAAUCAGAAACUGUGUGUAUAGAAAAAAGACUCGUCGUGGUUCCUCAAAAUACAUGGAAGAUCAAAUACCUUUCACGGGAAUAUUGAGUAAUAAACCAGAAGAAAACCCUGAUUUUUUUAACUGGAAUAGAGUCAAAGUAAGGUACUGUGAUGGAGCAUCUUUUACAGGAGAUAGUGAAAAUGAGGCUGCAGGGAUUCAAUUUCGUGGACAAAAAAUAUGGCUAGCUGCAAUAGAGGAAUUAAUGUCUCAAGGAAUGCGUAAUGCCGAACAGGCCCUUCUGUCCGGAUGCUCUGCGGGUGGUCUUGCAUCCAUAAUACAUUGUGAUGAGUUCCGGAGCUUGUUACCUAAAUCUUCCAAAGUGAAGUGUUUUAGUGAUGCAGGAUUUUUUCUUGAUGCAAUUGAUGUAUCUGGAGGACGCACAUUGAGAAAUCUGUUUGGUGGCGUAGUUCAGUUACAGGAAGUACAAAAAAAUCUGCCAAAAAAUUGUCUCGACAAACUGGACCCAACUUCGUGCUUCUUUCCUCAGAAUUUGGUUGAACAUGUUGAGACACCGUUGUUUCUACUCAACGCAGCUUAUGAUGUGUGGCAGGUCCAAGCCAGUUUAGCCCCAGCGACAGCCGAUCCUCUUGGCUCUUGGAAUGAUUGCAAAUCAAACCAUGCAAAUUGUAGCUCGGCUCAAAUUCAGUUCCUCCAAGACUUCAGAAAUCAAAUGGUUGACAACUUGAAAGACUUCUCAAGACCGUCUCAAACUGGACUUUUCAUAAAUUCCUGUUUUGCUCAUUGCCAGUCGGAGAGACAGGAGACAUGGUUCGCGGAUGACUCUCCUCUUCUCGAGGACAAGCCAAUUGCAGUUGCUGUUGGAGACUGGUAUUUCGACCGAGAAGUUGUCAAAUCUAUUGACUGUCCUUACCCUUGUGACAAUAACUGCCAUAAUUUGGUGUUUAGAAGAGUAUAA